AGGAAAUGUUUUAUUAUCAAGGGCGCACUUGACGUCCCAAAGGCUGUAGUGUUGGUUUUGUGAAGUCGCCUGCCAUGGUGCUGGAAGCCCUUGGGGCAGCUGUUUCUGGGGCUGUGGCCCUGGGGACUAGCAAUUGGGAUAUGUGGGGGAUGACCGGGGGUCUUGCUACUUCGGGACGUGGUGCCCAGGUAGAUCAAGCUUUUCAAAGGAAACACGACCGAAUUGACUACAAGGUCACACGGCAAGGCCUUCACCGAGAUGACAUCUCAGAUCUCAUUCAGUUGACCACUGGUCGGAUGGAUAUGUACAACUUGGUGGGUGCUCUGUUGCUGACCUUCGCGCUGCGGUGGAUCACCAGCAGCGAUUUGGUCGUCGUUCCAGACUUUCCUCAUUGGCCGGUUUGGUAUUCGACUGUAUUUGUCAUCGCUUGCUUCUCUUCAGUUGGCUAUUUGAUCUUCUCCCUGUGGUUUGCCAUGCACUGUUCCAUAACUGCACAGGCCCUCGGCACGCGCAUGCGUCUCAACUUCACAAGGUUGUCUGUGCCGGACAAUUCUACGAUCUCUAAGCUGAAGGUCCCAUUCUUCAUUCCUGGAGGAGCAUUAGAAAAGGUUCAGAAGACCGUGUUCGAUGGGUCGCUGGAUGGCGUACAGCUUCGCAAGGAGCUGGUGGCUGAUUUGGAGCGUGGACAUGAGGUGUCUGCUAUUGACGAUGACCUCUCCACCGCCUCUGCAAUCUCAUCUCAUCGGUCAUUGCCAGCCUAUGUGUCCCGCCCCUCGGAGUGGCGAGACCACAACGACAAGAACGACGACGACAAAGACUUUGAGAAGCAUCUCCGGCGCUGGAUUCGCUUGCGUGGGCACUGGUUAGGCUAUGAUGCCUACGCUCGUGCCUGCAUGGUGGUGGGCAUGAACCAGAUGCUCCAAGCAUUGACCUACCACGUCGUUGCAGUUUGCUGGAAAGUUUCGGCCAUCACUGCUUUUGCUUGCUUAGCGUUGGCAAAGCUGCUGACAUUGUGUGUGCUCCGGAUUGAUGUGAACUGUGCGAAGCCUUACACUUGCCUGGGCUAUUGUCUUCUUUUGACGCUGGAAGUGGCCCCUCCCUUCUGUGCAACGACGCUUGACUGCGCUAACCAAUUACAGCAUGAGCUGAACAUUCCUUGUGCAGAGAGGAUCCUUCUCGUGAUUUACACGCCUGGGGUGGAUUGGGAUGAUUGGAUUGAAGGAGCUUUGGCAUUUCCGAUCUUCCUCAUGCAUUGCCUGUGGACGCUGUACCUGGCGUCGCAGCUAUCUCCAGCGGAUGAGCCUGUAUUCAAAGGUGCAGACCCCAAUCAUCACUGCUCAUCGGACGAGGGGACAAGUGACGAGAGCAUGGACGAUGAUCUCGAAAGGCACCACGAGAUGAUAAAGAGGGCCUCAUUCGGUUUGGGGAAUUUGCCCAGGCGGCUUCAGGGAGCUAGAUGGCUUGAUAUCAUCAGACUGGAGCAGCCUGUACCUCGAGACGAGCUGGAGGAGGAGUGGAUAGGGGUCGAUCCACUUCCAGGCCAAAUUACUUUGCGCUUUACAUUGACCUUGGCUGGGAUUUGGGUGUGCGCCGGGUUGGCACAUAUGGCUGGGACUGCGACUGGCUGGGACCAGGCCGUGGUCAUCAAUUGCGAUGAAAACAACUGCACAGGUCCUGGCAAUACGCCAGUGGUUUGGCCACAUGCAAGACCAAGACCACACCACAGGAUAAAAGCCAGACGGCUACGGUCUGUUGCGAGAAGGGUGCUCCAGUCUGAGUGGCCAGCACCCGCGAGUCUUUUUCAGGUCAACUCUUUGCACUGCGGGAGGAAUGCGAGCGAAUUCCAGCUGUUUGUCCACAACGGCUUUGACUUUUUUGGCGCCAAUCGCGUGGCUGAUGAGCUAGUGGGAUUUUUCAGGUUGGGCAUUCCAGACGAGAGGUCGCUCGUGUUUUGUACCGCUGACUGCUUUUCCCUCAUCGCCGAAGAAAAUAGUUCUUGGAGCUUGAGGCUUUUGAACAAAGCAGCGGAGCCGCUGAACCCUGGAAUUUUUGUGCGGAACGUGAUUGUUCCGCCCACGUGGCGGCGUAUCUCGGCAGCCUGGCAAGGACUCGAUGUAGUGCUGGCAGGAUGGGAUGGAAGCGGGAUUGUCACAGCGAGGCUGCAACAGGACCGGCUUUCGGGAGCUUGGCAUCUGGAGCAAAGAUUCAAGGUGCAACCUGGUGCAGGCCUUUGCUAUGCAAGCGCAAGAACUUGUAAGCGACACGCUGCAGAAACUUAUGCAGAUGUGCAAGCUUUACAGAUUGGCAUAGAAGGUCAAACCCUCGCGGUGCUUCAUAGUGGCAACCGCCUUGAUUUCUGGGAUUUAAUAGAUGGCGCCUUCUUGGAACAGCUCGAUCUUGGCGUUGCUCACAGGGCAAUGUGCCAUGAUGAUCUAGAGCUGCAUUUGGCCCGGCAGACGCCCGGGGGUCCGGUUGUGGAGGUGCUACCAUUGGAUAGUCUUGAAUUUCUUGCGGGUCGAAGGUCAUCAGCGACAAUGACGCCUGAGAAGUUUGAAACCUGAACAGGUCUCAAGCGUCCGAGGUCCUGCGAGCCCAGGCGCCGCCUGGGCAAUCUACCUGUAGUUGCCCAUUCAAA